AUGGUGGGGUGGCUCAAGGCGCUGGUGUACGGCGCAGGGGGCAUGGCGGUGGUGGGCCUGGCGGCGCUGGUGGCGCUGCAGGAGCGCCUCGUCUACGUGCCCGUGCUCCCUGGCCUCCCCCGCGCUUACCCCAUCAAUCCCUCGCGCUUCCGCCUCAUCUACGAGGACGUCUGGCUCCGCGCCGCCGACGGCGUGCGCCUCCACUCCUGGUUCCUCCGCCACUCUGCCACCUGCCGAGGUCCGACCAUUCUGUUCUUCCAGGAAAAUGCCGGCAAUAUUGCACAUCGUUUGGAAUGCGUUCGACUAAUGAUGCAGCGGCUACAGUGCAAUGUGUUUAUGCUUUCUUAUAGAGGGUAUGGUGAGAGCGAAGGUUAUCCUUCUCAGAGUGGCAUCACAAAAGAUGCACAGGCCGCACUUGAUCAUCUACUUCAGAGGAAGGACAUUGACACAUCCAGGAUAGUUAUCUUCGGGAGAUCUUUAGGAGGUGCUGUUGGAGCAGUUCUUGCAAAAAACAAUCCUGACAAGGUGUCUGCUCUAAUAUUGGAAAAUACUUUUACAUCUAUAUUGGAUAUGGCUGGUAUCAUGCUGCCCUUCUUAAGAUGGUUCAUAGGCGGUAGUUCUGCCAAAGGCCCAAAACUUCUUAACUGCGUUGUUCGCUCUCCAUGGAGUACACUUGAUGUUGUUGCAGAGGUCAAACAGCCCAUUCUCUUUCUUUCUGGAUUGCAAGAUGAACUGGUUCCCCCUUCACACAUGAGGAUGCUGUAUGACAAAGCUGUUGAACAUAACAGGAAUUGUAGGUUUGUUGAUUUUCUCAAUGGUAUGCAUAUGGAUACCUGGAUUUCUGGAGGGGACCGCUACUGGAGGACAAUCGAAUUGUUUCUGGACCAAUAUUCCCCAGAAGUACAGAGUUCUGAUGCCAGCUGCACAAGUGAAAUUGCUGAUGAUGGUGGUUGUUCUGCUCCAUUCCACCUGAAGAAGCCAAAGCUGUGA